AAUAUAUUUUGUUUUAGUCCCGUUUCCCUCCAUGGUUUCUCCUCUCCGCGGGUAACUUGGCUUUUGGCUCAGUUCAUUAUACAGUCCCAUAUUCUUCCUUCAUUAGGGCAUCUCUCUGCCUUUGGACUGAAUAUAAAUUACACCGACACACAAGAGAAAAGUUAAACUUUCGUAGGGCGAGAUGGACAUGAAAAAGAGGAUCCACUUGGAACUAAGAAACAGGACCCCAUCUGAUGUACGAGAAUUUGUCCUGGAUAACUGCAGAUCAAAUGAAGGGAAAAUUGAAGGUCUCACAGCAGAAUUCGUCAAUCUGGAAUUCCUCAGUUUGCUAAACGUUGGCCUAAUCUCAGUCUCCAACCUUCCCAAACUUGGGAAACUCAAAAAGUUGGAACUCAGUGACAAUAGAAUCUCUGGUGGCCUUGACGUGCUAGCAGAGAAACUCCCCAACCUCAAACAUCUAAAUCUAAGCGGGAACAAACUGAAAGACAUCAGUAUGUUGGAACCUUUGAAAAAGCUGGACAGCCUGAAGUCUCUGGAACUGUUCAGCUGUGAGGUGACCAACCUGAACGACUACAGGGAGAGUGUGUUCAAGCUGCUCCCUCAGCUUACCUACCUGGACGAGUACGAUGUGGAGGACCGAGCGGCAUCCGACUCGGACGGUGUGGACGAUGACGAAGAUGAGGAGGGAGAGGAGGAAGACUUUGAUGAGGAGGAUGAUGACGAAGGAGUAGAAGGAGAGAAAGAUGAGGUCAGCGGCGAUGAGGAGGAGGAAGACAUUGGCAUUGAUGGUGAAGUUGAAGAUGAGGAGGACGAGGAUGAAGAGGAUUCUAGUGUACCCAUCAACAAACCGAUCCUCACAGCAUCGUACGAAGUUGCUUACCUGAUCGCAAAGCAGGGCAAACCAGACACCAUUGGUGAAACACUCAUAAAACCAGCUGUGUUGAAGAUGGCGAAUAUCAUGCUGGGAAAAGAGGCUGAAGUUAAGUUAUCCCAAAUUCCUCUUUCAAAUGACACCAUCAGCGACAGAAUAGAGGACAUGAGCAAAGACAUCUUGGCUCAAGUAGUUGCAGAUCUGAUUUCAAGCCCGGCAAAAUUCAGCCUUCAACUCGACGAGACCACAGACGUUUCCAAUCUAAGCCAGCUUGCUGUAUUCGUGCGCUAUGUGAAAGACGACGUGAUAAAGGAAGAUUUUUUAUUUUGUAAGCCUCUUACAACAACAACUAAGGCAGCCGAUGUGAAGAAACUUGUGGAUGACUUCUUCAAAGACAACAAUCUUUCGUGGGAUAUGGUUUCUGCAGUUUGUUCGGACGGAGCUCCAGUCAUGCUGGGAAGAAAGUCUGGUUUUGGUGCGCUAGUGAAAGCCGAUGCACCACACAUCAUUGUUACGCAUUGUAUUCUGCACAGGCAUGCGUUGGCAACAAAAACCUUGCCUCCAAAACUGGCAGAAGUACUAAAAAUUGUAGUGGAAUGCGUGAACUAUGUGCGAACUAGUGCUCUGAGGCACCGCAUCUUCAGUGAGCUGUGUAAAGAAAUGGGCUCUGAAUUCGAGGUACUUCUGUACCAUUCUAACGUUCGGUGGUUAUCCCAGGGACAGGUGCUGAAUCGUGUUUUUGCCGUGCGUGUGGAAUUAGCCCUGUUUUUGCAAGAGCACCAACAUUGUCAUGCAGAUUGCUUCAAAAAUUCUGAGUUCAUUCUCAUUUUAGCGUACAUGGCUGAUAUCUUCGCAGCUCUCAAUCAUCUCAAUCAAAAGAUGCAAGGCGGUGGAGUCAACAUCAUCGAAGCGGAGGAAAACCUGAAGGCUUUUCAAAAAAAGCUAUCGUUAUGGAAACGACGAACAGAGAACGAUAACUUCGCAAACUUUCCCCUGCUGGACGACUGUGUAAGUAAGAUCGAAGAUGUAUCUGGAAUCGGAGACAUUUCUGUACCCGCGGAACUGAAGCAAGCAAUUGCCACGCACUUAGAUGAGCUUGCAAAGUCUCUCGACGGAUACUUCCCUACAAGAGAGUCAUAUCCAGCAUGGGUGAGGCAGCCGUUCACGUUUAGUGUUGAGACAACAGAUGUCAAUGAUGAAUACCUCGAUGAAAUCAUUGAAAUUCAGCAUAGCCAGGUUCAACAGCAACUCUUCAGAACAACAACGCUUUCAACGUUUUGGUGUCAACAAAUGGUAACGUACCCUGUUAUUGCUAAGAAAGCUCUGGAGAUUUUCAUACCGUUUGUUACAACAUAUCUUUGCGAGCAAUCCUUUUUGAGGAUGCUGGACAUAAAAAUGAAGAAAAGGAACAGACUUUGUUGCGAAAAUGACAUGAGAAUGGCACUUGCCAAGGUGAAGCCGCGCAUUUCUGAACUGGUCUCUGAAAGGCAACAGCAGAAGUCACACUGAUUUGCAGUAAAUAUUCAUUAUUUUGUUUUUGUGUGAAAAUCAUAUUUUGAUGAUUUAGUUCUUUGAACAUGCGGUGUUGAUGUUGAUGCACGGUUCAUUUUGUGCACCAGUAAAAUAUUUACUUAUGAUUUGAAUUUGAAAAAAUCAUUUUAUUUUUCCAAUUAAGAAGGGUUCGGUGAAUGCGCAUAUGAAACUGGUGGGGUUCAGUACCUCCAACAAGGUUAAGAACCACUGCGCUACAAGCUUGGCACACCUGUAUUUGGGGAGUUUCUCCCAUUCUUCUCUGCAGAUCCUCUCAAGCGCUUUCAGGUUGGAUGGGGAGCGUUGCUGCACAGCUAUUUUCAGAGAAGUCCGGGCUCUGGCUGUGCCACUCAAGGACAUUGAGACUUGUCCCGAAUCCACUUCUGCGUUGUGUCUUGGCUGUGUGCUUAGGGUCGUUGUCCUGUUGGAAGGUGAACCUUUGCCCCAGUCUGAGCGCUCUGGAGCAGGUUUUCAUCAAGGAUCUCUCUACUUUGCUCCGUUCAGCUUUCCCUCGAUCCUGACUAGUCUCCCAGUCCCUGCCACUGAAAAACAUCCCCACAGCAUGAUGCUGCCACCACCACGCUUCAAAGUACAGAUGGUGCCAUGUUUCCUCCAGACGUGAUGCUUGGCAUUCAGGACAAAGAGCUCAAUCUUGAUUUCAUCAGACUAGAGAAUCUUGUGCCUUUUGACAAACUCCAAGCGGGCUGUCAUGUGCCUUUUACUGAGGAGUGGCUUCCGUCUGGCCACUCUACCAUAAAGGCCUGAUUGGUGGAGUGCUGCAGAGAUGAUUGUCCUCCUGGAAGCUUCUCCCAUCUCCAUAGAGGAACACUGGAGCUCUGUCAGAGUGACCAUCAUUAAAUGCUGCAGACAUUUUUGGGUACCCUUCCCCAGAUCUGUACCUCGACACAAUCCUGUCUCGGAGCUCUAUGGACAAUUCCUUUGACCUCAUGUCUUGGUUUUUGCUCUGACAUGCACUGUCAACUGUGAGACCUUAUAUAGACAGGUGUGUGCCUUUCCAAAUCAUGUACAAUCAAUUGUAUUUACCACAGUUGGACUCCAACUCUAAUCAACAUCUCAAGGAUGAUCAAUGGAAACAAGAUGCAUCGGAGCUCAUUGUCAAGUCUCAUAGCAAAGGGUCUGAAUACUUAUGUAAAUAAGGUUUAUUUAUUUUAACUAUUUUUUUCAUUUGCAAAAAUUAAAAAAACUUGUUUUCGCUUUGUCA